AUAAAGUAAGUCAUCUCAAUGCCUUCUUGUGAAGUGGUUUCGUUCGACUAAAUGAAGGUGAACCUAUGAAAAAUAGAUAAAAAUAAGCACUUUCGGAGAUUCAUGUAAAAAUAAGUGCAAUCCCGGGUUCCCUAUUUCGGAGAAAUUUUUGAAUUUUUGUGCCAUUUCCUCAAAAUUUACUAUAGCGACUUCCCCAAAAUGUGCCAAAUUUUCGCAAAAACUGGGAGCUCGGGAUUUAUUUGAGAUUUAAUAAAUUACAAUAUCAAGGUUGGAUACACUAAGGUUACAUGGUUUCUACAUUUAUCAUUCUGUAUUUGUACGGGUUGAAAUCAUAUAACCUCAAGAUUUGUACUGUAGAUUUCUAAAAAGGUUUACCUGCAUUGGCGUUUGUGUGUAUGCAUUGCUAAGAAGUGGCUGUAACAUGAGUGAUGGCUAUUCAAAUUGAGAACUUCCCCGGCUAAUGUUUAAAACAGAUUCCUCUUACUUGGGAGUUUCCUAGAUGUUAUUUCGGUCGGCACAAUUGACUCCCACACUUAAAUAAAGAUUGUAGCCUUUACCAAUGACUGAUAAAUAUGAAUGUAUUUCAAGACUUAGAAUUUAGCUGUCCGCUUAGUGCCAGAUAAUACGGAAUCUAGGAAAUGUCUGUCGAGGUUAAUUAUUUCGCUCCAGCAAAGGGAAUAAAAUAUUAUUGAAAGCAAUGAUGACUCACUGUAAAACUGGAGGGGGGAAUAACGUCAAGUAGUAAAAGAAAUGGUUAUUAGGGUUUGGAAUGGAUUUCCAAACUUUUUUUCAUGAGCGUUUCUGAAAAUGAUAUGACUUGUCAUCUAUCUGAUGGUUAGUCCUGCAGAAAGCACCGUGAAUUAUUUCAGACCAAGGUAUCAUAAUUAAGUCUUGUGCCAUUUUCUAGCAGAAACGUUUCGAAGCUAGACACCUAGUGCCUACGUGUGAUGUAAAUCAUGUACGAAUACAUACGUGCCACUGCUACUGACGCUUUAUCAUAUCACCUUAGGUCUCCAAACAUAAUUUUGUUUGUAGAUCCCAGGUAGUAAACCUACUGUAAUAGCAUGUCCUUGUGAAUUGUAAUAUAUCUGUUUAGCAACACCCAUAUUUCAAUGUAAUCAUAUAUUAGCCAGCACAAAGCAUCAGAAUGCACGUGUGUAUCACGUUUCCACAUCACUUCAUGCAUUAGAGGGUUAUCACUUCAUCAGCAGACUUGUAACUCCUAAAAUCGAAUGAUUAAUUUCAUCAAUACUCAUUGAUUAGUUCCAUCGUAUAAGAACAGUUCUGAAAAUAUCUGUGGUCUCAUACUAAGGGACUUACUCAUGCUGUUAUCUUAAAAGAUUGUUGCACCAUAGAGAAGUAAACUCGUGGAAUAUAUGUUCACCUUUUCAUAAAUGGGUAGAUCUAUCCUGUCUUGCGGGUGGCGUAAAGUGGUCAAAAUCAAGCGAGGUUUUACAUCUCGUAUCUCAGUGCAUUUUUCAGUGAUUUGAUGAACUGAUAUCAGGUCUUUGUUUGGCAGCUCUUAGCUUUCCUCCAAAUUACUCCUACACCAAUUGGUCUUUGAAUUAGGUAUGCGUAAUUAAUGUCCAAACCACCCCACUACCUCAUCAUUCAAUUCUCCAUAUUUUCCUAGAUCUCUUAUUUGAUGCAAUUUGGUUUUCCGACAGAUUUUACAAAAUCUGCCAUCAUUCCUUUGAAGGGCAAGCCAUAAUACUUGGGAAUCCAGAUUUGGUAGAAAUGAAUGGCGUGAAGGAUUUUCCACGAUCAAACCCAUCCAUUCGAUCAUACACUCUAGAGAAAUAUCAGAUGCUUCGUUUUGAAGUCACUUCACCAUCUGGUUUAACUUUAGUUUCUGGUGCUGCUGAAGUUUUUGGUACUGAACUCGUUUGUGGUUGGGAGUUACAGUUAUAUCCAGGUCAACGAGGGACAGUCGUUACGUUCCAUGGCUGCAAACUGAUUGUUCAAGACCAGGGAGUUGCUGCCUAUAUAAUUGCCUCAUCGGAAGAUCAAGAAAUUGUGCACGUAUAUAUGAAUAUUCAUGCUAACCUAGAAGUUUCACGACAAAAAGCUGUAAAGGAGCAAAGUAGAGGGCCACGCGUAUUAGUAUGUGGUCAAGAAAGUGUUGGGAAGUCUACACUUUGUCGCACUUUGGCAAGUUAUGCGGCUCGUAGAAAACACAAACCAAUACUUGUAGAUGUUAACGUUGGACUCAAUCAGGUGUGUAUACCAACAACUAUUGCUGCAAUAAGUGUUACCAAACCAUAUGAUUUGAUGGAAGGGUGGAGUCUAGAGGAAGAUCCACUAGUAUUUUGUUUCGGUCACACUGAUCCUGCGAGUAACUUAAAUCUUUUUCGAGAACAAGUGAAUCGAUUAGCCGAACUUAUCAAUAUUCGUUCUGAGAAUGAUAUGAGUAUAUUCACUAGUGGUUGUAUAAUCAAUAUGAGUGGAUUUCGUAAAGAUGAUUCAGAUGGUGGGUCAAGUAAAGAAAAGGGGAUCCAAGCCAUACGAACGACUGCUGCAGCUUUCGAAGUUGACACGUUGUUGGUUAUAGAAGAUGGAUUUCUAGCUUCGUUCCUGCGUGAAGAUCUUCCUCCCGAAGUGACUAUAGUGAGAUUACCCAAAUCGUCAGGUGCUAUAACUAGAAGUCCAGAUCAGUGGACACGUCAGCGAGAUGCUCGAGUCUGCGCCUAUUUACAUGGCGAAAACCCCUUGAGACGUCUACAUCCACAUCAAAUAACGCUUAAAUCUUCUGAGUAUUCAAUUUACAAAGUUGGAAGUGAGGCCAUUCCCGAUGCACUUCUCCCACAUGGAGCACAAGAAGAGGAGACAUGGCGUAAUCCCAUCCAGGUUUCAGUUAGUCGAGAUUUGAAGAAUCGUCUGUUGGCAGUUUCUCAAGCUUCAGAACCUUAUCAAGUUCCAGAAGCUCCUGUUUAUGGAUUUAUCGUAGUUGUUAGUGUUUCCGAAGACAAGUCCGCAUUCACCAUACUCAGCCCAAGUUCACAUCCUCCUCCAAAUAAUCUAUUUUUAUUAACCAGUAUUUGUUACGUUGAUCCUGAAUCACUGUAAUUUCAUAUGUAAAAAUUGACCAGUGGUCUUGUAAAUAUAUUUCUCUGUUGUACUGU